GCAAUCAUAUUUGAUUAGUUUCGGUUGAGAGCUUCAACAACGAACAACAUUUGAAGUUCAGGCAACGAUAAGUUAAAUUGCAAUGUUCCGUCGACCAAUGAAAUUAGUGCAAUGCGUCGCAUAUUCUACCAGAUGGCGAUCAACUGCAGCAGCAGUGAAAAUCGAUGCUGGAGACAGCUCAUAUAUGCAACAAUUGAAGGCAGAUUGGCAGACCGCCAAAUCUUAUAAUGAUCUGCCGGGUCCAUCACGGUGGCGACUGUUUCGUGGUUUCCUGAAGGGCGGAGAAUUUACGAAUUUGGACAUGCGAGAAUUGAUGUUCCUGCUGAGAAACCAAUAUGGUGAUACCUUUUUACUGCCCGGUGUCUUUGGCAUGCCCGACAAUGUAGUGACCUUCAAUGUGGAGAACUUUGAGAAGACCUAUCGCACCGAAGGCCAAUGGCCAGAGCGUCCAGGCGCGGAUGUCGUCGUCCACUAUCGAAACAAUCGUCCCGAUGGCUUCUUUAAAGAUUGCAUUGGGUUGUUUUCCAGAGGCGAGAACUGGGGACAACUGCGUUCCAAGGCGAAUCCCGUGCUGAUGCAGCAUCGCAAUGCAGCAUUAUAUUUGCAGCCCAUGCAGCGUGUGAAUCAACAGUUCAUCCAACGCAUACGUGACAUUCGCGAUGAACAGAGCCAGGAGGUACCGGGUAAUUUCCUCAGGGAUAUCAAUCAUCUGACUUUCGAGUCCAUCGCCGUUGUAGCCUUAGAUCGUGAGCUUGGGCUUCUAAGACAUGCAGAUCAGGCGCCCUUGGCCCAAAAGCUCUUCAACAAUCUGCAGAAAUUCAUGCAAGGUUUCUACGAGCUUACUAUUAUGCCAUCCGUCUACAAGUAUGUUCCGACGCCAAAAUACAAGCGUUUCAGUAAUGCCAUGGAUGAAAUCUUUGAUGUGUGUUCGCACUACGUCAACGAGGCCAUUAAGCGCAUCGAGCAGAAGCCUGCAAAUGCCACUGGUACGCAAAGUGUUCUGGAGCAGCUGUUGCGCGUAGAUCGUAAGUUUGCCACCGUAAUGAGCAUGGAUAUGUUAAUGGGAGGUGUGGAUACAACAAGCUCGGCAUUGUCCGGCAUUAUGCUGAAUCUGGCAAAGAAUCCUGAGAAGCAAGCCAAGUUGCGCGAAGAAAUUGUGGCUAAAUUGCCGCAUCCCACAGACGAGUUCAAGUUCAAUGACAUGAAGUCAUUGCCAUAUCUGCGUGCUAUCAUCAAGGAAUCAAUGCGCAUUUAUCCAGUUGUCUUUGGCAAUUUACGCUCGACGGGUGCAGACAUUGUACUAGAUGGUUAUCGCAUACCAAAGGGAACACGUGUCCUGAUGAACUCCAAUCUACUGCUAGACGACGAACGGUAUUAUCCUCGAGCCAAAGAAUUCUUGCCGGAACGCUGGCUACGUGAGCAGUCCAACGAGAAUGAAAAACUGGUUGUUGACAAUCCAAGUCCAUUUGUAUAUUUGCCGUUCGGUUUCGGGCCAAGGAUGUGUGUGGGCAAACGCAUUGUGGAUAUGGAAAUGGAGAUUACGGUGUCCAAUCUGGUUAGAAAUUUUAAUAUUGAGUACAAUUAUCCCACUGAGAAUGCAUUCCGGAUUACUUUUAUCAAUUCACCUGUCAUUCCGCUUAAAUUCAAAUUUACCGAUAUUAAAUAUUAAAUUUCGUCUAUUGCAA